AUGGACGCGCAGAGUGGGCCUCGCGGCGGCGGCUACUCCGCCGACUUUGGUCGAGGCGGUAGGGGAGGACGAGGCCGCGGAGGCCGUGGUUGGUCUCGCGAUGCUAGUAGGGAGCGAGGCAGAGAUCGUGAUAUCGAUUUUCGUGAACGGAGGGAUCCUCCGUACAGGGACGAACGAAGCCGCGAGCGAGAUCGGGAGAGGGACCGCGAGAGGGACCGAGAGCGGGACAGAGAUCGCGAUCGAGAGAGGGACAGAGACCGGGAGCGAGACCGCGACCGUGACUGGGAUAGGCGUGACCGCGACUCGUAUAGGGCUCGCCGGCCAUCCCCUGGUAGGGGAGGUCCCCACCACAGCGUGACUUUCGCGAUCGAGACCAACCGCCCCUCAAUGUUGACGCAGAGAGGGCGAGGCACGCCUCGCGUGAUGGAGGUCCUCUAUCCGCUGGAUCUUCCUCUUCGGAUCCGCCUUUUGGUGCGGCCCCUUUUAACCGAGGAGGAGGAUUCGGGCGUGGUCGGGUCGCGGACGCGUAGGUCGCAAGAAGGCCGUUGGGGGAGGGAGAGGGAUGACCGCGACAGGCCAGACCGAUAUGGCGACCUUGAACCGCGCCGAGAUCGCGAUGACCGUGAUGCCCGCGAUCGUGACGCCCGACCCAAGGUUGAUCGCAGUUCCCUACCUCACGAGCAGCCGCCGCCGACUAAGGAUUCGGCAACCGCUGGUACCGGAAAGCCGCCACCGACUGGGCCAAGAGCGCUAUCUGAGCGUCCGGUAUCGGCAGGUGGCAGUGAACCCCAAGGCUCCCCGGCGGCAACCACGAAAUCGCUGCAGCAAGCUGAACUAACUUCCCCGAUCCCGGUGGGCCCUCGCGCUCAGCCAAAUCCGCCCUCGAGGGCUUCAAGCAAGCAGUGGGCACCUCCAAGCUUUGCUGGCAGGAAGGCACCCGAUUCGCCCAAGGCGAUGCGCUCUCAGAACCCCACUCAGCAACAGUCCCCUCAUGGCACCCGCCACGAUGAAGCCGCGUCAGACUUCCAUCGCGAGGAGGAUAGACGGCCUCGUAGCAGCCAUGCGAAGCCCGAAUCUCAGUUUAGCCCUACUACCGACAGGGCGCAGCCAAUGCGCCGCUCCGUACCACCCGAUUUAGGUCCACGACGCGAGCGAGAUGUGCAGCCAUCACAGGCAACACCUACUAGUAACGAUGCCAAGCUUAAAACGGAAGACAAUGAUGUUGAGAUGGGUGGCAUGGAUAAGGCUCAGUCUAGCCCUAAGGAGUCGAAAGAGAAACCCAACCUGGUGGCCGUAGUGGCGACCAAGGAGCCGCCGCCUCAACAACCGGCACCCAACACCGCAGCCAAGAAACCGCUCCUCAGAUCCGACGAUGAAGAUAUGGGAGACUACUUUGCCGACGAGCUCACUAAAACUGAAACUGCCCUGCGCGAGCUAGAGAAGAAGGGUGCCCCUUGGGAUGUCGCAACUCGAUUCGCAAGCCUAUCUCACGAUAUGGCUCUUAAAAUUGCGGUCGAAGAUGAUCAGGUCUACACUUCCCUUAGACCUAUCCCCACCGAUCUAGAAGCGAAGGCUUACGUGUCCCCCACGCAAGAGACGGAACCAUUCAGGACGGAGAGCACAAAACCACCUACUUCAGACAAUAGCGCACCGCCCAAGGCUGCGAAACCUGAUGCUGAAGUGGCAACAACGGUUAACCCCACCCCGCAACCGAAGACGGAGGAGAUGGACAUCAGCGUUCCCGAACCGCCCGCCGAAGUCGCCGUUAAGCAGGAGGCUCAGCCAGGUUCGGAGGAUGUUCUGAUGGCAGACGCGCCACCGGCCCCUGAAAUAGCUACUGUUAAGGAUGGCAACGCGCCUCCCCUUCCAGAGCAAAAUGGCGUUGUCGCCGAGUCUCGGCCCCCGUCGACGGCCUCCCUGCCGGGCAAUCGUCAGACGACGGUAGCCGACUGCCGACCCCGCCGUCACAACCUUCCUAAUUUCCGUUGCAAACCGUGGGACAAGGACUCCAAGCUCCUAAGGGCCCUGGAGGAAAGUGAUGCGCCCAUCGAGCACUUCAUCAUGGGGCAGCUAGGAAAGAGCGGCCUCGAGAGGCUGUCGGAGCAGCAGGAGGUUGCGCAGGUCUACCUACAAAAUUAUCGAAGUUAUCUGGACUUCACCCUAUCAGCUGAUCCGGUAGCGCUAAAGGUGCGUGACAAGGUAUACGGCACUAGCACUGCCGCCGAGACUCUGGCGGCGGCGCAGGCGAGCGUAGAACAGAAACCCGAGGGCCGAGGCGGCGGAAAAAACCGGAGCGAGAAGGAGUCCAUCAUUUUGCCCAUGUACUGGGACGAGAAGCAAAUGCAAGACGAGCUUUUCUAUGACAACUCUGGCUUUGUGCCUGUUGAUAGGCUCGCCUCUGCUUGGGAAUGUCUGCCACCCAUCGUCAACUUUACAGAGGAAGAGGCGGAGCAAUUUGAAAAGCGCUAUAUGGACAAGCCCAAGCAGUGGGGUGUUAUCGCGGAGGCGAUUCCCAAGAGAGACUUCAAGGCAUGCAUUCAGUUCUACUACCUUAAGAAGAAACCUCUCAACCUCAAGGAGAAACUCAAGAAGCAGCCGAAGCGGAGAAAGAAGAGUGGGCGCGGGAAGCAGAGAUCCUCCGCAUUGGUGUCUGAGCUGGGCAACGGAGAGAACGAAACGGAGGAGAAUAAUGCCGAGGGUGGUGAGGGUGGUGAGCGCAGACGCCCUCGCAGAGCGGCAGCGCCAACCUUUUCUUUCGAGCAGAACAAUAACGCGGCCGACUCAGACGGUGUUGCGUCAGGGUCAGGGCGGCGUGCUAACGCUGGCGGUUCUAAGGUAAACGCUGACGGGGAGAAGGUUGAUGGAAGGAAGGGCCGCCGCAAGGUUGCCAAGGACAAGGAGGCAAAGGCGGCAGCCAAGGCAAACCAAACGCUGGCAGCCACCCCGACGCCAGGACCUGGCCGUGGACGAUCAAGAUCGAACUCGCGUGCGCAGAACCCGGAGACGCCAGCCCCAGCUGGCGCGGCGGAGCCUCCACGCCUCCCGAUCACGUACGAGCAACCGGCCACUCCCCAACCGCCCCCUGUGGUGGAGCCCGUGCCCCAAGCCCCACCACCACCGACACCCACUCUCGAACAUCCUCCGCCUGCGACUCAAACUUCGUCAAUGGCAGAUGUGAUGGCGCCUCCGGCGGCGCUCGCUCCACCGCAGCUUCGCCCCGAUCCCCUCCUCCGCCACCGGCCCACGCAACACCUCUCACCUUUGUGCAAACUUCUUCACAACCGUCAAUUCCCCGCCCUUCUUCGGGCAUUUGGAACGGACUGGGGCGCCAUCGCCAAUCACAUGGGCUCCAAAACCCCCGUUAUGGUCAAGAACUAUUUCGUGCGGCAGAAGGACAAGAAUGAUGGCUCGAAAAAGCGGCACGAACAUACCGGGUCGACCGGCCGUAUCCUCCCAGGGGCGGCGCCAGGGAACCCCGACGCCCCCAUAGUUACGGAGCCCAUACCGACAGCCAAGGCGAGCGGCAGCCUCCCGCAGCUGGCAAAUCCUCCCUUCUCUUCCCGCGGACCAUUGGUUCCCGUCGCCCAGGGCAGUCCAGGGCAGCCCCGCCGUUGCACUCGCCGCAGAAGCAACAACCUCUGGAACAUGGCGGGAUCAUGGGACAGGCUCCGCCGCAAGGUCAACCCGUUCCUGGUCCGCAGCUCCAACAAGAUGCAGCCAAGCCACCUCACUCAGCGCCGCCCCAGGCACACCCAGGGACCCCACAAGCAAUCUCGCCCGGGGUCAAGCCAUACGCCUAUCCCGGGGACAGGGGCGGAGAACCCAUGGAUAUCGGAGGACAGAAGGCAUCUGGUCUGCAUGGGGCAGAUGCGCCGGCGAAGCGGGCUUUGGCACCAAUGCGACCAUCUUCUGGACCAGGGCCCCAAGUGGCAACAGCAAUUCCGCAGGCCGACCCACAGCAAUCGAAACGUAAUAUCGCGCCAAUGCGCCCUGUGGGAGGAACCAAUGGUUCAACAACCACCCGAGCCUCAGUCACAGCAGCCCAAGCGCGUCAUCGCGCCCAUGCGAUCGUCGGCUCCCGUCGAUGUCAUCAUGCAGCAGCCAGAGGCGCCGGCGACCCAGUCUCGGCGAGGGUUGGCUUCGAUGCCGAUGGCGCAGCCACAGCCAGAAGCGCAGCAGUCGGCACGCAUGCUGGCCCCUACGAGGCCCUCCAACAUCCCUCCCCCGGACACCAUGGCGACCUGGGACGAGAACGCGCCAAGAUGGAAGCGCCUCGGCCGAUCGAGCAACGUCCCCCGGUUCACCUCAAGCAGGAGCCAGACGCACACCCUUCGGCUGGGCCCAUCUCCCGCCAAGCGGGCGGAAUGGGGACCUCCCAGUUACGGCCGCGUGCCAGAGCCGACGAGCGUGUACGGCAUGACAGCGCAGCCCCAGAGUGACGGUCGCCCUUCGUACGGAGACCUAAGCCGAGGGCAAGUUGCGCCCCAGCAGCCGAUGCCGCCAGCGCCUACGGUGGCACCACCACCCGCCCGAGCUCCCGAGCCUAAGAAGUCGAGCUUAAUGGCGCUACUCAACGACGAUCCGCCAGCACCGGCACCGGCAGCGCCCAAGGCGCUCAAUGAAGUUGCGAGCAGCAGCAUGGCCACCUCGAGUCCCCAGCCGCCAAAAAUGCCGGGUCACGGAGCUGUACCGCCGCCGUCGGCACCCCAGCUUAGCAGGGAGCCAGAGGUUGCCUAUGGAUACGGGCAUGGCUCACACAUGCCGAUCCAGCGGCCAGCAUCCGUCAUGUCGCAGCGGCACGAACCCCCAGAUGGCCCCGUCGCGCGACUACUACCGACAGCCGAGUUAUGCCCCGCACCACGCUACAGCCCCCAGCACGCCGCAGCCGCCCCGCACCACCAUGCCCCGUCGGCCCAUUCUCAGCCGCCGGCGCCGCCUCCGUAUCAAAUACGCGAUGCAUCCACCGACCUCGCGGCCGCUCGAACACGCUCCUCCCAGCAGGGAUUCCUGGUCGUCUUCUGGACAGUCGCACGUACCUCAAAGCCCAGCGAUGAUGUCUACGGGCCUCCAGAAGCCCGGAGGAUGGCCAGUGAACGCGACGCCCAAACCCAUGCAAAGCCUCGGACAACCCCCAAGGCGUGGGACCCGAUCAAGGGACCCGGAGGCCCAGGAGGUCCUAUGCAAUCGUCGUGGUCGGCCACACCGCCACCGCAACAGCAGCAGCCGCCACCGCCACCACAGCAGCAACAACACUACGGCGGCGGGCACCGGGUGACCCUUAUGGCACGCCGACCUCAAUGGCGCAACAGGCGCCCCCAACGCGCCAACGCCCAGCAACGUACCCCCAUGGACACAUGCAGAGCCCGUAUCCCCGCCAGCGCCACCAUCGCGAGAGCCUAUGUCGCACUACCCCUACGGACUGCGGCCUGUUAUACUCCGGUUUCGGCAUACGACACACGAGGUCCUCCUCCGCACAGUGGCUACGGAGGCAUGGCGGACCCCCGAGAUCCGCGGGACCCUCGGGACCCUAGGGAUCCUCCCAGCAUUCGGAGGCUUUUCGGCAAGGCGCCAAAGAAGGCAAAACUAGCAUCCGUAAUCUUGGUGUACGGCAACCAUGGGGACCAUUAUAUCGGCAUCGAUGUAGGAACCGGCUCAGCCCGGGCCUGUAUUGUCGAUGCCUCGGGCACCAUCAAGGCAAUCGCAUCCGAAGACAUCAAGCUCUGGAAGCCCCAGAGUGGCUACUACGAACAAUCCACGACCGACAUCUGGAACCGCAUCUGCAGCUGUGUGCGCCGUAUCCUUGCCGAGUCCAAGGUUGACCCGACCACCGUCAAGGGCCUCGGCUUCGACGCCACGUGCUCCCUCAGCGUCUUCACCCACGAUACCGACGAGCCCGUAUCCGUCACAGGCCCCAACUUCGAGGCCGAUGCCGACAAGCGCAAUAUAGUCCUGUGGCUCGAUCACCGAGCCGAGGCCGAGACCGAUGCCAUCAACGCCACGGGUCACAACCUCCUGCGCUACGUCGGCGGCACCAUGAACAUCGAGAUGGAGAUGCCCAAGGUUCUCUGGCUCAAGCGCAACAUGCCGCCCGAGCUCUUCUCCCGCUGCAAGUUUUACGACCUUGCCGACGCACUAACACACAUUGCCACCGGCAAAGAGACGCGCAGCUUCUGCAGCGCCGUGUGCAAGCAGGGCUACGUCCCCGUCGGGGUCGAUGGGAGCGUUAAAGGCUGGCAGGAGGACUUUUAUCAUGGAAUUGGCCUCUCCGAUCUUGUCGAGGACGAGUUCAAGAGAGUGGGAGGCGUUGAUAGGGUGAACGGUCACUUUCUCAGCGCAGGAGAGCUCGUGGGUACGCUGAGCGAGAAAGCGGCCCAGGACCUCGGGCUUCCCACGACCGUUGCGGUAGGCAGCGGCGUCAUCGAUGCCUACGCGGGUUGGAUCGGCACCGUCGGCGUGCAGGUCGACGGUCUUAAGGAGGACGCUAGUACUACCAGCGGCCCAGAGCAAGCCUCGGGCCGUCUUGCCGCGGUUGCAGGUACCUCCACCUGCCACCUUGUCAUGUCCAAAGACCCCGUUUUCGUCAACGGUGUAUGGGGCCCCUACAGGGACGUCCUCCUACCGAACCAGUGGAUGGCCGAGGGUGGGCAGUCCGCCACCGGCGAGCUCCUCCGCCAUGUCGUCGAGACCCAUCCCGCUUACCUAGACAAGUCUGCGUUGCCCGAGGGCGGCCUGGGUAGCAAGUCUAUCUACGAGCACCUCAAUGAACGGCUCGCCCAGAUGGCGCGCCAGUCUGGGGCCUCAAGCGUCCCUUACCUCGCCAGGCACAUAUUCUUCUAUGGCGACUUGUGGGGCAACCGCUCACCUGUCGCUGACUCUCGGAUGCAGGGCGCUCUCGUCGGCAUGACCAGUGACACCGGCCCGGACAGCCUCGCCCUGCUGUACUACGCUACCAUGGAAUUCAUCGCUAUGCAGACGCGGCACAUUAUCGAUACCAUGAACAAGGCGGGUCACUCCAUCUCUAGCAUCUUCAUGUCUGGUGGACAGUGCCGCAACACCAUUCUAAUGGACCUCAUUGCCACCGUAUGCGACCUACCCGUAGUCAUCCCGGAGUACGUUGGCGCGGCCGUCGUUCAUGGCGCCGCGAUGCUUGGUGCCAAGGCCGCAAGUGCAGACCAAACAGGGCACACCGAGGAUCUGUGGGCUAUCAUGCAAAAGAUGAGCAAGCCCGGGAGUGUACCUUUUGGCCAGACCAAUGCAUCACAGCCCGCCGCCGGCUCGAGCCUCUUUGGCGCAUCGACAGCCACGAAACCGAGCUUGUUCGGCCAAAGCACCGCGACUCAACCUGCUGCCUCGACCGCCCAACCUACCGCUGGCGGCCUUUUCGGAGCCUCGACCGCCUCUAAGCCGAGCAUGUUCGGGGCCUCGACCGCCACCACUGCCCAGCCUUCCACCACCCCGUUCGGCGGCCUGGGUCAGAGCACCCAGUCCUCCGCCUUUGGGGCGACCAACACCACCGCGAAGCCUUCUCUGUUUGGCGGCGCCUUGGGCUCCACUACCACCGCACAGAACCAGGGCCAGGCCCAGAUCCCCAGCCUAGGAACCGCUCCCUCCAGCCUCGGCCUUUCCACGCUCGGCGCCAGCACCCAGCAACAGGGCCAGCAGCAGCAGCAGGGUGGCCAGCAACCCGCCGGCGCCUACUUCGAUACACUUUUCGCCAUGACGAAGAAGCGUACCGACGGAACCACCGAGGACAUGCCUCACCUACAGCUUGGCCUCGGUGACCUUCGCCAGCGCCUCAAGAAGAUUGGUGGCAAGACGCCCGAAAAGGCCGUCGACGGCAGGGCCCAUUAUGUCCUCGCUGCCUCUGGCAUCGACCUGGGGGCCGCCGCGAAGGACUUGGGUUCUCUCGCCGUUAACCCGAGCAAGGUUGAUCGCCACGCUAGUGAUAUGGGCGGUCCCUCCGAAGUCGACGUAGAGACCUACCUCGAGAACCUCCAGAAGAAGACCACCCUCGGCAUGAUACAAGACGGCCUCGAGAGAUCCGCUAGGGAUUUCGACAACUUCCUCGAGGAUAACAUGGCGACUGAGUGGGAGGCACAACGUAAGCGCAUCUACCAGCACUUCGGUAUCAUGCAGCGCGACACCGGGGCGGAUUCUGCCACUCCAGGCAGGGAGGCUCAAGCGGGCUUUGGCCGCUCCCGCCGCAAAUCCCAGCACGCCGGUGCUGGUGCUGGCACGGGCGCCGCCUCCCGCGCCGGUAGGAGCACCAUUCUCGGAAACAGCAACCUCCAACGCUCCGUCAUCGGAACCCCGCGCGCAUUGCCCUCCCGCCAGCUCGGCGGCGUCCAGUCUUCCGACGACCGUGCGAUGCGUGAGAAGCAGAGCAAACUCGCCGACAAGAUCACCACCCUCAACAAGAUGCGCACUUUGCAGCGACCCUUCCCCAUCCUGUCCGAGUUGGCCGAAAUUGAACAAAAGUCGCCCGAACCCCACGCUUCCUACGUCACCCAGGCCUACAGGGCAGUCAUGGAGAUUGUGGGCGAGAAUCCCGAGGCCGAGACAUCCCUGAACAAUGCCACGGCUAAAGAGCGGCAAUAUGUUUCGCAGUACCUGGACGAUAACAAGAACUCGUCCGAAGCCUUGAAUAUGCGCAAGAGAAUUCUUGUGGGCGGCAACCGAUUCCUCGAGCACCUGUUCGUCGCCGAGAUGGAGUCUCUGAUCGCUAAGCAUCCUCACGAGGCCAACCUCGGCGGCCGCCCCGAUAUCGUUAGCAAGGUCAAGGCCUACAUCCGCCUACGAUCCGCCCGCAAGGACCUCGUCCCCGAUAACUCGGAGCUUCAGCAAGUCCAGGGCGAGUACGUGUGGGCUAUCGUAUUUUAUCUCCUCCGCUCCGGCCACGUAAUGGACGCGGCUCGGUACGUCAACGACAACCUCAACAACUUCCGCGGCAUCGACCGCACUUUCUCCACCUACCUCAACGCCUACGCAUCGAGCGAAGAGAGGCGGCUCAAGAGGCUCCUCCAAGAGCGCUGCGCGCGAAUUAUCGGUCGCUGCGAGAUUAACAACCGCAGCCUGGAGGGCCUCAAGUCCGAUAUCCACGACUGGAUCUGGCUUCAAUUCAACCUCGCCCGCGAGGCCGACCGGACCGUCGAGUUUGCAAGCGAGAUGUACGACCUUGCGGACUUGCAGGCUAGCAUGCGCGAGAUUGGUACCAAGCACUUCCCCAAGUCGCCCUCCGAGGACAACAAUGGCAACUUUGGUAUGUACUUUUACCUGCUCGCCCUGUCUGGCCAGUUUGAGGAGGCCGUCGCCUACCUGUACCCCUUCUCCUACGUGGACGCUGUCCACUUUGCCCUCGCGCUCGAGUACUACGGUCUCCUGCGGCCCAGCGAUCCCCUCACGGCCGACAACGAGCUGCGGAGCCUGGACAGCCGCGGCCGUACCCAGAUCAACUUUGGUCGCAUGCUAGGCUACUACACGCGCGACUUCCGCGCCGCCAAUGUCGAGGCCGCAGUUGACUACCUCGCUCUCAUCUGCCUCAACAGCGACCUCCCCGGUGAGUCGGGCCGGCGCCACGCCAACUUGUGCCACGAGGCUCUCCGCGAACUCGUCCUCGAAUCCCGCGAGUUUAGCAAGCUCAUUGGCGACAUCCGUCCCGACGGCCACCGUAUCAAGGGCGCCAUCGAGCAGCGCGGCGCUCUCGUCGGCCUCUCGGACGAGGACGACUUUGUUCACACCGUCACCCUCCAGGCCGCCAGCUUCGCCGAGGAGACGGGCCGUACUACGGACGCCGUGCUCCUCUACCACCUUGCCGGCGAGUACGAUACCGUCGUCGCCAUUGUCAGCCGCGCUCUCAGCGAGGCCAUCGCCAUGGACAUUGGCGAGAGCCCCAUGGUCCUCGUGCCCGUCAAGCCCCGCACCGGCGCCUCUGCCGAUGGCAGCGCCGAGCAGCCCGCGGCCGGCAGCAGCCUGAGCCUUGCCGCCAUCGACGACCCCAUCGAGCUCGCCAGGACCAUGAUGACGAUGUACGAGCGCGACGCCAUGUUCCAUCGCGGCAUCCAGGAACAGAACAAGGUUGCCUGCCGCCUGCUCCUCGAGCUAAGCUCUAUCAAGGCCCUCGUCGAGGCGAGGCAGUGGGCUCAGUGUCUCGACCGCGACCAGCUCCUCGCCGGCCACUUCACCGGAAACGAGACAUCGCGCCAAAUGCUCAUCGACCAGCUCCGCCAAAUGACGCUCGAUCUCACGGCGUACACGAGCCAGCUGCGCUACCGAUUCCCGCCACACCUACACGAGGCCCUCGCCAGGGCGUCGGCUGAGUAA